AUGUUGAUGACCAGUAAUGAUAUCCUUUUCUUCAUCGAAAAGACUGCUGAGUUCUUGGCCUAUGUCAUAUUGUGUUACAGCAACCUCAUUACGCCUGUCCCAUCGGAUGUCUGCAGCUACUGCCAAAACGUCGUCACAACAUCCACCAAUGUCGUGGCCUGCAGAAGCAUUUGCGUGAUAGCAAUGUCAAGGCUUGAGCUGCGUGGUACCAGCAGCUACCGGGCGAACCCGUACAAUCACAACCAACGCAAUGACAACCGUGGUGGUGGAUCACGGCAUCAAUGUGGCCGUGGCGGAAAUCGCGGUAACAACAGCAACAACAGCAACAACAAUAACCCCUAG